CAAACACGUGUUUCCGGUCUCUGAUUGUGCACGUUGACGUCGUGUCGUCGCGUUUGUUAAGAAAACGGAGAAAUAAGAGAGAGAAAACGAAGAAAAAUGCCGAAAACGAAACAGUCGAAGAGAAGAAAGAAGUUUGAUUAUAACCAGGACCGGAAGAAGCUGAAGAAGAAGUUCAUCAACAAAUAUAGACCGAGCAUCGAGAGUCAACAGAUUAGAGCGGCGUGGAACAACAGGAGGUCGGUGGCGAGGAACCUGCAGGACAUGGGUCUGGCGUUGGACGUGAACGCGGCUCUGCCUGUGAAGAAGUCGAGUCUGCUGAGAAACAACAGAGAAACGUCAGCGAGCGUCGCCGUCGUCACCAAACCCUACGUCAUCAAGCAAAUGGAGGAGGAGGCGGGGCAAGCACUCAGGGACACAAAGACGUUAUCGUCCGACCUCGUCGAGUUCGUCCAGCACAUGAUCCGAGAACACAAUGACGACUACAAGGCGAUGGCUCGAGACGAGAAGAAUUAUUACCAGGACACACCCACUCAGAUCCGCAGGAAGAUCAACGAGUACAAACGCUGCCACCUGCAGGACUACCACGCCUUCAUCAGCUCGUUAGCUGCAGCUCAGCCCACACACACGUGUUAACAUCACAAUAAACCUGUAACACACUCA